AUGCGUGGACGCCCCAUGGCCAUAGACGCGCUUGGGCCGCUGAAGGAGAAGCUAGAAGCACCUCGCGUGCGCGCUCGUUGCCCUGAUAAAGGCGAGUCUAAGAACGCCUCGCUCGCGCCGCCGCGCGGACAGCCGUCAACUCAGUAUUGCAUGUCGGCACGAGCAAUCGAGCCUAUGGCCGCACCGCGUCAAGAAGCGCCGCCACCUGCGACGCAAACGGCGGCAGCGAUAGGAAACUACGUAAUGCACACCCCGAGUCAGCGAAAACUCAACAUUCGCACAUUCGAUGGGACGGAGCUUUACAAAGGGCUCGGGAGCGGGUUCUUUAAUUUGGGGACGCACCUUCAUGCGCGCCGUGAGCCUCGCUGA